UGCCGCUGGGCGGCCCGGGCGGGGCGGCGGGGAUGUCGCUGCCGCGGCUGGAGAAGCCGAUCAAGCAGGCCUUCUACAACACCGGGGCGCUGCUGUUCGCGGGGCUGUGCUGCGGCGCCGCCGUGCUCGUGUACUUCAUCCUGGAGGCGUUCCUGCGGCCCCUGCUCUGGGCCGUGCUCUGCGGCACCUUCCUGCAUCCCUUCAAGACCUCGCUGACGGCGCUGGGGCGGCGCUGGCUCGGCCGCCUGCACCGCUCCCGCACCCCGGUGCUCCUGGCCGCCCUCCUCCUGCCCAUCUGCUUCGCCAACUACGGCGUGGAGGCGCUGGGCGAGCAGGUGCUGCGGCGGCGGCGGCUCCUGCUGCUGCUGGGCGCCGGGGGGCCGCUGCUCUACGGGCUCUACUGCCUGGGCAGCUCCUUGGGCGUGCAGGUGCUGCUGACACAGGCCGCCCGCGUCAUCUGCCAGGGGCUCGACUACUUCAGCAGCCAGUGGAUAUGGACAUUGGUAGUUGGUUACCUGCUGAUGGUUUCAUUCAAGUGGAAUAUAAGCACUGAACGUUACUUAAAAGCAGUCUCUGUUCCUGUCUGGAUUAUGCUGCUCUUUCACUUAGCUUCUGUGGCAGGUUCCUGGAGAAUUCCUGUAUUUCUGGUUAUAGUUGUUCUGAUGACAGUAGGCAUGUUGCAUGAACAGCAGAAUGGAAAGGAGUCUUCUGGGGCAGAGCUUCCUGGUCAGAUGAUUUCCAUUGCUGCUUCAACAAUUGCCAUGGCAAUUUCAAUGACAGAAGAUGAGUCCAAUAAUGAACAUUCCUCCCAACCCUCAGGAGCAACAGAAGGUGAUCAGCCUCCACCUCCACGUGCUUCAUUAUCUUCCACUUCCUCCUCUUCAUCAUCUUCUGGGAACAGACAAAGACCUGAGAUUGGAUCUUUUCUUAGAAAAAAGAAAACUAGUGAUAUUUACUUUGUUACUCUUGUGUGGGCCAUUGUCAUUGUUCAGAUCUGGCUAAAUUUUUGGAUUGUGCAGCUAUUACCAGUGCCUUUUGCAGUUUGGGCACUUAAGAAAUUAGUGAUUCAUUUUGGAGUUUUGAACUUCAUGGCAAACCACUGCAAAAGUUGGUGGCAACUUGUUGAAAAUUUUGUGAAGGAACGUCAGGAAGCUCUUGCACCACGGCCCAUCAGAGGACUCGGAAGUGUUAUGCUAAAGCUUGACAGUAAGCUGUGGCACUGGCUUAAUAAGAAGGAAGGGUGUAAAGGGAGGCCUGGCACGGUUGGGGUAGGAGUGAAGUCUGGACCUGAUUCAGUGAUUAUCGUGUGGUUGGAGAAAAUGCUAGAUAAAAUAAUCAGCAUUUUCAUAAUAUUUUUGCUAGUGAUAGGAACCCUUCUGCUAGCUCUUCUCCUUACAGCAAAGGUACAUCAGGAGAGCGUUCACAUGAUUCAAGUCACAAGCAGCUUGAUCAAUGAGACAGUAGCCAGUCACCCAGAAUGGGCAAACUGGCUCCCAGAAGCCCAGGUCAUUCAGAAGGCACUCAAUUCUGCAGCGAACAACGUAUACCAGUAUGGCCGAGAAUGGAUCACACACAAGCUCCAUAAGAUUUUAGGAGAAAAAGUAAAUAACACUGCUGUGAUUGAGAAACAAGUGCUGGAGCUCUGGGACAGGCUUUAUCACUCUUGGUUUGUGAAGAAUGUAACACAUUCUGGAAGACACAAAGGACACAAGUGGCACAUUAACCGUCAGAACAGCUGGCUUGGAGAUAUUUUGGACUGGCAAGAUGUUGCAUCAUUUGUUCAUGAUAACAUUGAAACAUUUCUCUCCAUCCUGGAGUCUCUGUGGAUCGUGAUGAGUCGCAAUGUGAGCCUCUUGUUUACUACGGUUACAACAUUAGUGACAAUCCUCUUCCACAGUGGCACAGCUCUUCUCAAUUUCGUGCUUUCAGUGGUGAUUUUUCUGACCACACUGUUCUACCUGUUGAGCUCCAGUGAUGAGUAUUACAAGCCAGUAAAAUGGGUGAUAAGCCUGACACCUUUGUCUCAGCCAGGUCCCUCCUCAAAUAUAGUUGGCCAAUCCGUGGAGGAAGCAAUAAGAGGUGUGUUUGAUGCUUCCCUCAAAAUGGCUGGGUUCUAUGGACUCUACACUUGGCUGACUCACACUAUAUUUGGGAUUAACAUAGUCUUCAUACCAUCUGCAUUAGCAGCAAUCCUUGGAGCAGUGCCAUUUCUGGGGACAUACUGGGCAGCAGUCCCUGCAGUGCUAGAUUUGUGGCUUGUGCAAGGACAGGGAUGCAAAGCCAUUUUGCUCUUGGUUUUUCACCUCUUGCCAACCUAUUUUGUAGAUACAGCGAUUUAUUCAGAUAUAUCAGGAGGUGGUCACCCUUACCUGACAGGCCUUGCGGUAGCUGGUGGAGCAUAUUACCUGGGGCUGGAAGGGGCCAUCAUAGGACCAAUUCUACUUUGUAUACUUGUGGUUGCUUCCAACAUAUAUAGUGCCAUGUUGGUGAGUCCAACCAAUUCUGUGCCCACUCCAUCACAAGCAGCGUGGCCAUUACAGAUUUACCGCUCACCUAGAGAGAGUCCUGAGGAGAUGAAAAUGUCUGCAGAGUGAUGGAAGUGCUGUGCUGCACCUCUGCAACAUGAGGGAAUCGAUGUCUUCUGUCUUGGGUUCACAACAGCCAUGGCCUUCUGUGCCUGGGGCAGCUCACAGGGAAGCAUAGCUUGGGUUUUAGGAGAAAGCACUAGAACAUCUGCUGGCCUUACAUUAUUGUGCACUUUGCCUCUUCAAGAGAGAAUGUCUACUUCCCAUGGCUUUGCAUACCAACACACAGUCAGCUGCCUUGCUGAAGACUUUGAAGACCUUCUGUCUUACCAAAAGAAUAGUUAAGAGGACAGGUACAUCCACUGGAGUCAUUAUCUUAUCUGCUGAAAUUACUAACUUGGCUUUUAUUUAUUGGGUUAUUUGUCUUAUUGAAUUGUAGUAGCUUUAAAGAAAGCUGUAAUUCCAAAAUAUUUAUUUUUAGUUAAUCUGGUGGCAAAAGAAGUGCAAACCCCUCAUUGUGAAAUGAAAGUAUAAUAGAAUAGUUUGUUCCUCCUCAAGGUAUUUCUUUAUAAGCUUCAAUCAUCAUCUGUAACUCAUAGCACUUAAAUAUAAUUCUCUUACACACACUAAAUUUAAUGUUGUUGGAGAUGGGUAUUUUUAAUACCUUCCUGAAAUUAAUAGGAAUGCAAACUGUUAAAUGUGGGUUUUCCUCUUACUGACAUAGGAGGACUUGUUUAAAUAGUUUAAAUCUUGCCCACAUUUGCAGUGAAGUCUGAUAAUAUUUUGCUGUUUAUCCACCCUCCCAGUGGAGUCAUCUUGUCAACUAAAUUUAGUCAAAGGCCUUAAAUGUUUGCAGACAGUAGUAAUGUAGGAUGGUUGCAUCUCCUUCCAGUAAUUGGAGGAAGUUUAAUGGGGAUUGUUUAAUGUUGGUUUUCAAGUGCUGUGGCUGAGUUCAAUUAACUUUUCAAACAAAUCUUGCUUCCAGAGAGAAAGGGGAGAGAGCAUGAAUUUUGGUUUGGUUUAGUUCGGGGCUUUUUUAACCCUGUAAGCCUCUGGUCAAUAUCUUACUGAGAUAUAGGAUAUAUCUUAAUAUAUUAAGGUACAUCUUACUAAUAAAGUUCUUAAAUUUCUGAAAUUACGUAUUGCCUAGGUCACAGCAUCAAACCCUCUAGUGUUUUUCUUUCAUACAUAAUUUUGCUUAAAAUGCAGCUUUGGUGACAUUUAAGGCCUUUUGUAUUGGUUGUCGAAACAUUUUGACACAAUGGAUCUUUAUAAAUGGAUCCUUUUUGUAAAUGGGAAGUGGGUUUUUUUGGUAAAUAUUUCAUACUUGCACAGCUGUUCCACAAAUCCAGUGAGGACCUGGGUACAAAGUAGCAGAUGGACUUGCUUAACCAAAGAACCACCAUUCAGUUUCCAGGAACUGGAAUUGGUUUCAGAGUUUGAUUGAUAAUGUGUUGUACAAAAUACAGGCAUGCCUUGUAUUUAUUGUUGACAGUAAUUCAAUGCUUGAAACAAAGGGAUCUUAUCCAGGAAUAAGGAUAUCUAAGAUGUGUGCACAAACAGCUUGCAGUAACUGAGAUGUUUUACUUGAGUUCUAGGAGUGCUGAUAGAUUUGGAAGGUUCUUCUUUUCAUAACAUUGUAUGUAUUUUUACAUUGUUUCUAAAAAUACAUUGCCAUGGAAAGUGAUUGGAAAGUGCUCUGAUACUGAGUGAAGUCCUGCUAUAGGUUCGCAAUAAACAGGCUGCCUAAGACACAAAGAGUCUGCUCCUCAGAUUCUCAGAAUGAGCUGCUGCAAUUUUACUGAUGAAAUUUUAUGUUUUAAGUGAGGGAGGUUGAGUACGUUGUUUGUGCACACUUGCAGGUAUAUGUUUGAGGGACAGACUUGGGCUUUAUUUACUAGGUUGACUCAGGUUUAUCAAAAUAUGAAAACAGCCCAUUUAAUAUUUUAAAUUCUGAAUUCAUCACUUUCAACUAACUGAAUGAGAAGAAUGUGUUGCUUGAAUCAAGUAUCUGUUUUAUCUCCUUGGUUUUGUGGCUUACGGAAAAGCUUAAAUGAAACACAUUUUUAUAAUUGUUGCUGGCUAGGGUGGAGGAUGUGGAAAAACUGAGGCUGUCCUGAAAUACUAACCACCUUGAAUGAAACCACUAAGAUAAUUAGGGAACUUCUUUAUUGUAAUUUUUUUUUUAUUUCACAAUUUUGCACUGAAUUGUUGUGUUCUUGUUGUAGCUUCUUGUAGCCUUUAAAGCACCUCUUUACUCACUGGUCAAGACAUGUUUAUUGUCCACAUUUGCUAUCCCAUUUUCUGAGACAAUCUUUCAUACUCAUGUGGUACUCAACAUAGUCAUUUUAAAGAGUCAUUAAAAAGCAUUAUUUUGUUUGGUUUUUAGUUUUCUUCUUCCCCUUCAACCGAUUGCCUUAGAUCAAAGAAGGGUCUCUGCUAUGAAUGGCGGAUGAGUAAAAUCACCUGAGAAGAUACAUUGCUAUUUUGAAGUGCUCCUUUCCCAAUGUGAAAUCAUUUUGUAUAGAGAGUUCAUAUCUGAUGAAGUGUUGUUAGUUUGUCCUCCUUUGAAAUGAGGCUCCGUAUCGAUGCUUUCUGUUCCAAAUUCAGUCAUACGUGCCAUGAAGAGCCAUCCAUGGUAUGUCCUUACUCAGUAAAUGUAGCUUCAGGAGCUCGUGCUGUGUGCUGUACCUGAUUGAGGAACCAACUGUAUGGUUCAGUAAUGGUGCAGUAACAGUACACUGCCAAAAAGAAAAGAAAAAUAAGGAACAAAACUUCCAAUACCACCUUCUUGGAAUAGGAAAUAUUCACUGAUUUUCACCAUGUUUAGAAAAAAAAAAAAAAAACAACACCAAAACCAUGAAAUACCACCUUAUGAAAGGGCAUACUUUGAUUAUUUGGGUUUUUUGUUUAGCAAGUGUCUAAUUACCAGCAGAAAUAGAAGACCUUGUUGUUGGUUAUUUUGUAAUCUAUACUGUUUUCUGAGCAGACUCAGCCUGUUUAAGAACAGUUUAGUUUAGAUCAAUCUCGCAUUAAUGUUAAAGUAAUCAAACUGGUCAUUUUGACUUCUGGUCUUUAUAAAGUGCUGGUUCAUGGUUAUAUUGCCUCAUCUGCAAAAACAACCAGCAGUUUGGGGGGAUAAAUUUUUAGUACAUGGAUUUUAGCUUUCAAAAUAACCAAACUAAUGCAUCCACCCCUCCAAGACCCCACAACAACAACAACAACCACCAAACAAACAACAAAAAAAGCCCUAACCCUCUCUCCAGUGUAGUUUUCUUUGGAGAGACCAUCUUUUCUGUAAUGUUUAUAGGCAAGAAGUUCAUGGUCUUUAGCUUUACUGUAAACAGUCAUUCCAGGUACUUUCUAAUUGUAUUUAGUACAUUUAGUGUUCAAUAAUUUAGAGUUCAGAAGGGAAUGCUUGUAGUAAUGCAAGACAAUGUGGUCUCGUGGUAUUGUGAAAUUCAACUGUGCUGGUUUCUAUCAUUCUCUUCUGGGAAAUCAGGCUUGUUGCAAUGAAGUGUAGUGCCAAAGGGCUGGUGCUGUUUCUGGCACUCGAGUCUGAGACAGCCUUUCCUUCCUGUACCUUGGCUGAACACUGCUGUAGCAGAGCUGGCAGAGGUGACUGUGUGCCCGUUCACAGCCCAGCAUGUUAACUUCAGGUCACUGUAAAUCCUGGCUUAAUUGGAUCCAUGAAGCAACAAACUGCAAUGGGCAAGAAUCUGGCACACAUUCAUUGUGCCAGCCUUACUACAAUAUGGUGGCUUUCAGCCCAGGUGCACUGUGACCAGGUGGGAGCAGAAAUGACUUACUUUGAGUGGCUGCUUAAAAAAAAAAAACAGUUUAACAUUAUAAUAAUACCUAUAAGGCACAUCAGAAGCUAAGUCGAUACCCACGUGUCUGACAAUGGAAACAGCAGUCAGAUCUUUCCAUGCACAGUGCUGUGUAUGUGCAGAUUGUCACUUAGGCUUGUCUGAUUUCAGGCUCUCUGUGGCUUCUCUUAAAAGACUCAGUGAGGAGGAUAUACUGGAUGUGUAUUUUGUCAGUGAUUAUUGGAAUAGGAAAUCCAUAAUCUGUUUAAUUAAAAUAAGAAAAAAGCAUUGUUCAGGGGAAAUCGGAUGCUAUCUCCAGUAUUAUCCAUUGUGGGUAUCAGCAUAACUUUUGAAAUAGGUGUAUGGCUGCAAUGUUAAACACUGUUUUUCAGCAAGCCUGAGAAAGCAAAAUGGGAUGAAAUUGUUCUCCAGUAAAAGCAGCAGCUGAAUUGCUGUGCUGCUGAUCCCUAGUCCUGGGAAUUCUGCAGAGUGUUGCCUUUCCUAUGGACCCGAUACACUGAGGAUGGAAAAAUACCAUUAUUCUACUGAGAUUCCAUAGCUUUGUGUCGUUGGUAGUGGAUGUUUCCACAGCUGCCUUUAUUCAAGCAUAGUGUUUAUGUUAUAUUGACUUAAAUUUGUCACUGCAGAUAGUGCCACCUUAAUGGAUGCUGCCUCUGGAAAUGGCUACGAUUUCCUCUGAAGGUACUGAAAGGUGUUGGGAUUGGAGUUAGUGUUCAUAAUGUUUAAUAGCAGAGGUAGCAUUCUUCUCGAAAUGAAGUUGCUUACCUUGAAGUUUGCAAUUUUACAAGAGAAAAUUGAUUUCCCAGAUAAUCUUUAUUGAGUGACAGCAGACAUCUCUUAAAUCCAUGGAUGCAUCAUCUUUAUAAACUCUAUAUUGACUUGUAUUUCAAAUGGUUUCUUCUUAGUAUUAUUUCCUACACUUUUUGCUGAAGCAAACUUUGACAAUUUCCUUGUUAUUUCUACAAAACUAGAAUCACUUAAAACUCUUAACAAACAUUAGGGAGACUUGAUCUUUAACCUGGUACUGUUUAUCUGACAGUUUUACUAAGGUACGUUAAUGCUUUAUGGUAAAAUUUUCCAAAAUUGCUUUUAAGUGAUAAAAUUGGAAAUAAGGAAAAAAAAAAAGUGGAAAAUCAUUUUUGUGUUUUGAAACAAGAGACAAUAUGUUUCUGAAUAUGCCAGAAGUCAUAGGCGUAUUCAGGGAUUCUACACUGGGUUUGUAAAUUGAUAUAUUGAUACACAGUGUUAUAUAUUGAUAUAUUGAUACACAGUGUUAUAUAAAUAUUGGGAGUCUCUGUCCUAUUCAGACUUUAACUGAAAUUUUGUCCUAUGGUUUGUUUUUUUUUAGAAAUACCUGAGAACAAAAUAGUGCCUGUAUAUAAUGAAAACAAGCAGCAUUUUCUACAAUUCAUGUUUACUUGAUACAGAUUGAGGAAGAGUGAAGCAAAUACUGGUAGUGUGACUACCACUGCUUUAUUGUAGUUCAUAUAAAGUAGGAAAAAGCUGCUAGUAAUGCAUUGCUGAGAGAUCACUGUUCCUGGAAGUAUUUGCAUACAUCCUCUAAAAAGCUGCCAGAAUUAAAAGGUCGUGAAAUACAUCUUCAGUUCCCCAGACUCUUAAACUCAUCCACACCUCCUCUGGUAUCUUGUUUGGAAUAUGGUUUAGUACAUGAGAGUAUUGCUUCAUCCCCUUCUGGGAAUCAAUUCCAGGACCUGAAGGCAUGCUUUGAGUGUCCAUCUUGUGUAUGUCCAAUUCAGGAAGGAGGUCUGAUUGGAACAGUAAGUGCAUCCUUGAUCUGCUCUGCAUAUGGAUGGACCUGGACAAAUAUAAUUCAUGUUGCUUUGAAUUGGAGGUUAAUUUUUUAACGUAAGUACUAUUUGGUGACACCAAAGCCAGGUUAGAGUGAGAAGUAGGGCAGAUCUGCUUACAACAGGGUGCAUCUGCAAGCUAAUAAAGCAGAGUGAGGGCUCUAGCAUAUGUAUAUAUAUAUAUAUAUAUAUAUGAAGAGUUUUUAGAGUGAUGGUUUUAAAGCAAAAAGCUUAUUUCUUUUCCUAGCCUCACUUUUUACUCACUAGAGUGUCAUGUACAGUGAUCCAAUGAGGACCUAAAGUCAAAUAAACGUUUCAUGGUAUUGCUGUGGCUUAAAUGUAAGAAACAUCACAAAGACAAAAAGUAGCCACAGUAAAAAAGUUCAUUAGCCUUAAGAACUGGCAUCUAGACCAUAAGGUUGGAAAAACAAAAUCCCAAUAUUUACUGCUCUUUCUGCCAGUCUCAGCCUAAACCUGAAUCUUUUUCAAGUAUCAGUAAAAACUACUUUUGUGUUGUUCAUAACUUACUGUCUGUGUAGAUCAGUGUUUUCAGCUUGUUACCUGUCACCACAAGUAUAUUCGGCAAGCAUUCAAUUUUUUCAGAUUGUUGCCUUUAAAAACAAAUUUUCUGUGCUUCAGUGAUGGUUGGAAGGUUGGAAACCAACUUUUUGUAUCAGUAGUUAGGUGCAUACCUAUAUAUACAUAUAUAUAUAUGUAUAUAUAUAUAUAUAUGCUAGUUAGUGUUUGAUGUUUUGGUUGAAAGACAUGGGAGGGUUGGGGGCUUUUUUCCCCUUAGGAAAUUCACCAAACCAAAUCCAAAGAAACUUUUGACAUUACAUCCUAAGACUGGCUACACCCUACUCAAACCUAACAGCAGAUGUUUUGCAUUACAGAGCACGGGUUGUUCUAAAGUGUAUGUUCCUACCAGGCCCCGUGGGGAUUUGGAGCAAUAACUUCUAUAGUCCAUUGGCACAAAUUUCGUCUGUACACAUUAUACAUCUUCAGAAUGGAGCUGAAUGUUCAAAACUGACAUUGCCAUAAUUGGGUUUGGUACAGUACCUGGUUUUGCAUGUAUAGUAUUGACAAUAUAACCCCUACGUCCAUCUGUGGCCCAAUAAAAUGUGUAAGUUAAGGCUGAGAAGUACUUGUGUAGACUGCAGAGGUAUAUAAACUAAAUCAUUUUGAUUGUAUGCGCCAGUCCUCAUCCUAAUAAAAAUGGGUUUUGUAGCAGGUUUAAGAAGCUUUUAACUUGAUAUUGUAUUCACACUGCAGUCCUUUGUAAACACAGAAUGGUUAAUAUAUUUUGCAAUAAAAUGCCAUUAACAUAA